GUACGACAACAUGGCCGCCGCGGAGGCUCCGGGCGGAAGCGCUUCGACUUCCGGUUCGGAGUCGGCCCGCGGGGGGAGGGAUCCGCGGCAGAAGGCGGAGGAACCAUGCGAGGUUCUGAGAACCGCGGCGAGGGUCGUCUCGACAGACCGUUUCUGAGCAGGAAUUCCGAAACCCCCACCACUUCCCUCCGGGGGAUUUGAUCCCCCAUGGCCACCGCUAACAGCAUCAUCGUGCUGGAUGAUGAUGAUGAUGAAGACGAAGCCGCUGCUCAGCCAGGGCCUUCCCACCCACCCCCCAGUUCCACCUCAUCCAGGGCUGAGGCCUCUGGCUCCUCUCAGCCCCCGGGGGCUGGGGGAAGCACUAGUUCUGGCGGCAAGAAAUGCUACAAGUUGGAGAAUAAGAAGCUGUUUGAAGAGUUCCUUGCACUGUGUAAGACGCAGACGGCGGACCACCCUGAGGUGGUCCCAUUCCUCUCUGAGCGGCAGCAUCGGGCCCACCCUCUGUUCUUGGCCUCAGCGGAGUUCUGCAAUGUCCUUACUCGGGUCCUGUCCCGGGCCCGGAACCAACCAGCUAAGCUUUAUGUCUACAUUAACGAGCUCUGCACUGUUCUUAAGGCCAACUCUGCCAAAAAAAAGUUGAACCUGGCCCCGGCUGCCACCGCCGCUGGUGAACCCUCUGGGAGUCACCCCCUCCCAAACCCUUCCUCGGACGCUGACCCCAGUGCCACCACCACCGCCUCUGAGGUGCCAAGGACCCGGGGUUCCCGGCGGCAGAUCCAGCGCCUGGAGCAGCUGCUGGCGCUGUACGUGGCUGAGAUCCGGCGACUGCAGGAGAAGGAGUUGGACCUCACCGAAUUAAACGACCCGGACUCCACAUACAUGCAGGAGGCCAGGCUGAAGCGGAAGCUGAUCCGCCUCUUCGGACGACUGUGCGAGCUAAAAGAGUGCUCGUCGCUCACGGGCCGCGUCAUCGAGCAGCGCAUCCCCUACCGGGGGACCCGCUACCCUGAGGUGAACCGGCGCAUUGAGCGGCUCAUCAAUAAACCCGGGCUCGACACUUUCCCUGACUAUGGAGAUGUCCUGCGGGCAGUGGAGAAGGCCGCGACCCGCCACAGCCUGGGCCUCCCUCGACAGCAGCUCCAGCUCAUGGCCCAGGAUGCCUUCCGAGACGUGGGCGUCCGGUUACAAGAGCGACGCCACCUGGAUCUCAUCUACAACUUUGGCUGUCACCUCACGGAUGAAUAUAGGCCAGGCAUUGACCCUGCACUUUCAGAUCCUGGCCUAGCCCGGCGCCUAAGGGAAAACAGGAGCUUGGCCAUGAGCCGGCUGGAUGAGAUCAUCACCAAAUAUGCGAUGAUGCAAGACCAGAGUGAGGAGGGCGAGAGACAGAGGAGAAGAGCCCGGCUCCCCCAGGCCUCCUCGUCCCACUCUGCAGACCCUCCCUCUGGGACGUCCUUGGAAUCUGGUGAGGGUCCUAGUGGGAUGGCAGCCCAGGAGUGUCUUAACACCUCUAAGGCUGAGACGGAUGAUGAAGAUGAUGAGGAGAGUGAGGAGGAAGAAGAGGAUGAUGAGGAAGAGGAGGAGGUCACAGAUUCUGAGGAGGAUGAGGAUCUGGAGCAGAUACAGGAAGGUCUGGGGGACAUUGAAGAGGAGGAGGAGGAGGAGGAAACAGGUCAAGAUGGAGACAAGAGCCCCAUGUCCCCGCCACAGGUGUUCACCAAAGUCAAACUGGAACAGAGCACUGGAAUCCGGGAGUCGUUGGGGGAACUGCAAGAUAAAGAACUCAGAGUGUCGCCGUCCUCACUGUCAGGAAAGCCCCUGGCGCCCCCCAGCCUAGAUGCCGAAAGCAACGGCGAGCACCUGGAGGAACUACCCGUGGCAGAGGAGAGCCCCAUGUCCCAGAUCUUUGAGCUGGAGAUUGAAGCCGUGACUCUGGAUGCCACCCCAUCCCCCGAAGACAGGGACAUUUCCUCUUCCAGAAAACAACCCGAUGAGCCCCUCACCACUGUCGUGGAGAAUGGAGCAGCUCUGGUCACCUCCACUUCCUUUAAUGGAGGUGUCUCUCAUACCUGGCGAGAUUCCAGCCCCCCCUGCAAAAAAUCUCGGAAGGAGAAGCAGACAGAAGCAGGGCCUUUAGAAAACAGGUAUAUAGAGAGGCAGAGCCCGGUGCGUGAGAAGAAUGGGAAGAUGCGUGUCCUUCCCAACCCUCCUUCCCCUGUGGCCUCUUUGGCCCGGGCUGCUGAUUCCUCCACGAGGGUGGACUCUCCUAGCCAUGCCCUCGUGACCAGCUCCCUCUGCAGCCCAUCUCCAGCCCGGUUUCCCCCAAACCCCCCACCACAGCCCAUCCGGCCUGGUACUUGUAAGACGAGUGUGGCCACACAGUGCGAUCCCGAAGAGAUUAUCGUGCUCUCAGACUCGGAUUAGCUGCCUCCAAAACGUUUGGGGAUAGUAUUUGCCUCACACCCCGCCUCCAAAAUGUUUGGGGAUAGUAUUCGAAGGCUGGUGGGCAGCCAAGGACUGAGGAAGGGAUGGACUGAGCUAAUCCCUCACUGGCCGUGUUUCUUUUCAAUAAA